GACGUCAGCACGCAGUUGUGGUGGCCAGCAGUGAGAGAAGAGGAGGAGGAUUUGGGUUUAUUUUCGCUUUUAGUUCUUUUUUCCUGCUCUUCACUCUUUCUCCUGCCGAAGAGGAAGCGCUACCACACUUCUCCGGCUCUGUUGCUGCUCUGUGAAGCUCUGCCGCGGAUUGGCUGGUUUGGGGCGUUUCUCUCAGAUCAGUGGGGAAGAUUGAGGAAGUCCUGCCAGCUCUGUCUCUUUAACGUGAAUCUAACGUGAGCAUGGGGAAGCAGAACAGCAAGCUGCGGCCGGAGGUGAUGCAGGACCUGCUGGAGAGCACGGACUUCACCGAGCACGAGAUCCAGGAGUGGUACAAGGGCUUCCUGCGAGACUGCCCCAGCGGACACCUCUCAAUGGAGGAGUUCAAAAAGAUCUAUGGCAAUUUCUUCCCCUAUGGAGAUGCCUCCAAGUUUGCUGAGCAUGUGUUCCGCACAUUUGACGCUAACGGCGACGGCACAAUAGACUUUCGGGAGUUUAUAAUCGCACUCAGUGUCACUUCACGAGGGAAGCUGGAGCAGAAACUGAAAUGGGCUUUUAGCAUGUAUGACCUGGACGGGAAUGGAUACAUCAGCAAAUCAGAGAUGCUGGAAAUCGUACAGGCUAUUUAUAAAAUGGUGUCUUCAGUAAUGAAGAUGCCGGAGGACGAAUCCACACCAGAGAAAAGAACAGAGAAGAUCUUUAGGCAAAUGGAUACCAACCGUGAUGGUAAACUUUCCCUGGAAGAAUUCAUCAAAGGGGCCAAGAGUGACCCGUCCAUCGUGCGCCUGCUGCAGUGUGACCCUAGCAGUGCAGGACAGUUCUGAGAGCACCCUCCGCCUCUUCCUCCUUCUCAUCCUCCUCCAUUUUAUUUAUUUAUGGGUUUUUAUUUCCGUUUUUGAUACACAGCAACUCCCUCUGGUCAAACAUGGGGACAUGAUGGAGGGCCUCUGUCCCAUCAGACUGAGCUUGACCAGAUAUAGGACUCCCUCAACACACACACGCAAUCUCUGCCCUCCCCCCAUUCUCUGUAUCUCUCUCUCUCUGUAUCUCUCUCUCUGUAUCUCUCUCUCUCUCUCACGCACGCACACACACUAUAUGUGGGGCUCUGUAGGGAUUUCCCUCUGAUCUGGAUUGAGGUCCAGUGUGAGGCAGAGUGAUGGUAAUGAGAGCACUACUCUGUGCAGUGGAAUGCAGCUGAAACUGCCUGAGAGGAGCAUGUAAUAUGCCUUUAAUGUUUUGUUCUUGCAGGAUAGAAGCCUUUAGAAGGUCUUUAAGGGAAGAUUUUGGUAAGAUUCAAUUUAAAGAAUGGCACAAAUUCAAAAACAAAGUUAAGUGCUUUUGCUCAUCCUUUUGCUUCAGACCAUGAUUAAAAACAUGCCUAUACUCUCCUCACCAGAUGCCUCUUACCAGGAAUUUGAUUCUGACAUGAAACAGUUUUGAACUUGCACCACACAGAUACAUGUUGUCUGGGUUUGUAGGACACUGUAUUAAAAUGCUACAUAACUUUAACAUAUCUGACCACCCCGCAAACAUGGGAACUCUAGUGAGACUAAUCUGAUUUAUCACAGUAGUUUAUUGUUUUUUUUAGGAGGUUUUCAUGUGUUUUAGAGGUGAAAAGAGGUGCUUAUCUUGUCAGUUUAGUUGUUAGUAUUGAUUGGCAUGGGAUGCUGGACUCAGGAGAAAUGGACCAUGGCUUUGGCUCUUGUGGAUCCUUAGCACCAACCCUUAGUAGUUUGGUAGUUUUAUUUUGUAGUUUUUGAUGGCAGUAACCACUGUUCCAUUUUUUUUGCCCAUUUUAUCGUUUAGCAUAUCAGUGUUAACUAAUCUUGACCGCCAAGUCAACACCCUCAACCUAAUCGUGCAUUUCUAUUCCAUGUACGACACUACACGUUUUAGACAGACCCCAAAGCCAUUUAAAUACAGAUCUCUGGAAACACACACUUUUAUCCGAGAAGUUGUAUUGUUUGAAGGAAAUGAAAUGAAGAAUUGUGGGACUUUUCUGUGGUUUUGUUUAGACCUGUACAGUUUUAGAUUUUCUAAAUAAUGAAACACCACACAUGCAUGCACAACUCUUUAAUCAAAAUGAAAUGCUAUUUUAAGAUGCAACAUCUGCUCAGUUUUGGUGGCUUUAGUGGAGCAUGUUAAAUCAGUUUUAACUGUGUAUGGAAGAGUAACUAUUUGUGUUAUAUGUAUGCCUGCAUGCAAGUGUGUGUGUGUGUGUGUGUGUGUGUGUGUAUUUGUGUGUGUGAGCGCACGCAUGUGGCUAAUAGUGUCCUGGUACUGGUUUAUUACAUCGUCACAGAAGUGAAAGACACAUGAAAGCCAAAUCUGUAAUAUUUACAAAAGAACAGCUGCAGUUGUCUUACAGUGGACAUUGUUCCAGUUACUGAUGUGCCACACACAAACAUACACAGAGUUAAGUGUUUUUUAUGGAUGACUGGUUUUACAUUUUUAUUUCAUGUUAUUUGUUUCUUAUUUAGUGCUAUUUAGUGGCAGUAUGGCUGCCUGCAAUGCUAAAGUGUGAUCUGUAGAAUUUUUCCUGUAGCCUCUGGUGAUCUUGGAAGAGCAUCUAGAACAACACAUCAGAGCCCAGUUUCCUGACAGCAUUGUAGUGUUUAGAUCGUCUCAUCACUUAGAGAAAGUGUUGAAAGCGUGGUACUCGCUCCACCAUCUGACAGAGGUUUUUCUAUUAGUUUUCCCCACUAAACUCUUUUGUGACUGGGCUUUAUGGAUGUAAUAUGCACAUUUUUACUGUCAACAGUAAAAACAAAGGCAGUUUUACCAUUAGAGAUUGUAGUCUGAGAUGGGGUCUAGUUAGGCCCCCAAGACCCUUUACUCCAUUCUUUGUACUUGAUGAAUACAAGAAGUGCACUUGAUUCUGUUCUCCAGUAGCACAUGAGAUGCUAUUGGCCAACUACAGCCGAGCUGGAUCCACUUGCUGUACUCUGGUACAAAGAAUCAAACUUAAUCAACACUCCACAAGUUCUCUUCCUCCAUCUCCCAUCACCUGCUCUGCUUUCAGUGAGCAUGCUAAAGCACAUGGAGCUCCAGAAUCCUUCUGUUGCUGCUGUUGUUUGUUGUAAGUUUUGAAUGCCUCAAUGCGCAGUGUAUUCAGUACUGCGAUACUGUUAAUUGGACAAAUUUGAAUGUUUUUACUUUUCUUUUGUUCUGAUGAACUGCUGUUUGUAAAGUUAAAAAAAAACAUGUUUAAAUAACAGAUCACAACUACUGCAAUUAUUCCAUGUUUUAUGCAUAUAUUUUAUUUUAUUAUUUUUUCUUCCUUAUUUUGUAAGCAUUGGACAUAACAUUUCUGCAUCACAUAAUUAUAUCAUGUGGUCAGGUGCCAAAUAUACAGAAACAGUAUUGUAUAAAUUUAUACUGUACUAUUGUUAUUUGUCGAACAAAAGGUUUGUAAUUGUUGCAUUUUUGUAGAUUUUGUAUGGUAACCUGUAUUUUGUGACUAUGUCGAUUUGAGGUAUAGAAAUCUGUUUUGGUUAUCCUAUAAAGCAAAGAUUAAAUCUCCAAAAAAGUG